UUGCAGGCCGGUGAUAAGCAUAGAUGCAACGCACCUUUAUGGCAAGUACAAAGGAAAGCUGUUGAUAGCAAUGGCAACAGAUGGUAACAACGAGGUUUAUCCACUCGCAUUUGCCGUUGUCGAAAGCGAGAGCACGGAGACAUGGGGAUGGUUCUUGGCAUGCCUGUUGACCUAUGUUACAGACCGCACCAAUUUGUGUAUAAUAUCCGACAGGCAUCGUGGGAUACAAUCAUGCUUCGAUGACACCACUAGGGGCUACUUGCAACCGCCCUUAACCCAUCACCGGUAUUGCCUCCGCCAUUUAGUAAGCAAUGUUAACACUAACUUCAAUAGUGUGCCGUUGAAGAACUUGGUAUGGAACGCAGCAACUGCGAAUCAAGUUAGGAAGUUUGAGAACACCAUGGAUUGCAUCAAGAAUGUCAACCCGGCUGCGUACGACUAUCUUAAGGAGGUAAAUCAAGAAAAGUGGACACUUGUACACGACCAUGGGCACCGAUAUGGGGCAAUGACAACCAACCUGUCAGAGUGCUUCAAUGGGGUACUUAAGGGCGCACGUAGCUUGCCCAUAACUGCAAUGGUGAAGUUUACAUUUUACAAGGUGAACUCAUACUUUGACGAACGUCGAAACAAAACCCUAGAGAAGUUGGAAGAGGGGCAAGUGUGGUGCAAAUAUGCCUAUGACAAGUUCGAGGAAAAUCAAGAGAAGGCGAAGCUCCAUAUUGUUAGAAGGAUGAGUGCGCAACAACGGUUAUAUACAGUGGAGACACAGUCUUCACUGUUGAACACUGGCGGGGGAGAUCACACCCAUAGGGUUUCCCUCAUAGACAUGACAUGCACGUGCGGCAAAUGGGAAGCAAACAAGAUCCCUUGUUCCCACUUGAUAGCAGUUUGUGCCAAACACAACCAUGAUGCCACUGAGUAUAUGGAUCAUUUCUACCGCCUUGAAGAACGCUAUCACAGCUAUGAGCCUAUAUUCCAACCACUAAAAGAUAGGUUAGAAUGGCCGGAGCCAGCAGAAAGGAGAACCGUAAUGCCAAACCAGCGGUUGAUCCGUGAAAAAGGUCGGCCCAAGUCCACGAGAAUCCGCAAUGAGAUGGAUGACGAGGAUAGGGAGUUGCCAACCUCAUUGUGGAUUGAGAAUGGACCAAAGUUGAAGUGUGGGUUGUGUCGCCAAGAGGGUCAUAACCGUCGUACAUGUCCAACUCGAAAUGUGGCUUCAACAAGCCAUGGUGCUAUGUAGCAGAUUUGUAUUCAAUCCGCAAGGUGUAACUGUAGAUGCUCCUCAUUUAAGCAG